AUGAAAAUUGUGCAGAGAAGCGAGAGGUUCAAAUUUAUCGAUGGCGUACUUAGUUUCUCUUAUGUCUCGUACUUCAUUCAGAAGGAUGGCAUUCUAUAUUUGGGUAAAUCCAAAGAUCGAUUUGGGCCCCCGGACUCCCUAGAGCAGCUUGAAGACGUCCAGCAGGUUCAAACCGAGGACCGGGGCCCUGUGGUGAGGACCGCUUGGUCAACGGUGUACGUGAAAACGCCAAACCUCUUCGCAUAUACUGGUGGAUCAGAUCUGGAGAAACGAAUCUCCUAUGAGGUCGAAGCGUGCGAACUCCUUCGACAAAAUCCGCACCCGAACAUUGCAACCUACUACGGUUGCCAAGAGACUAAUGGUCGAGUCUCUGGGCUAUGCUUCAAGCAGUAUACGUCAACUCUACAGGAAAAAGUCAACCCGGGACAUCUAAACAAGAGUAUGUUCCGCUCUAGUGAGCGCCAACUUGUCGAUAGCAGCGUCAAAGCGAGUCUAAACGGGAUUUUGGCGGGUAUUCAACACAUCCACUCGCUAGGCCUCGUACACAAUGAUAUCAGCCCCGCCAAUAUCAUGUUCGACGAGAAUUGCACAGCCGUUAUCAUCGAUUUCGGCAGCUGCCGACCGAUUGGGAAGUCGUUGCCCGAAACGGGAGCGGGAAGGACAUAUGAGUGGUUCAACCCUAGUGUUGACACUUCAUUAGAGAAGAACGAUCUUGAUGCUUUUGAGGAAUUGAGAACCUGGUUAAUUGGAUCAUCGAGCGACGGGUUCUUAUUUGACCAGUGA